UUUUCCCUUAGAUGUUCGUUGUCGACAGAUAGAGCUGAACAGCUGAAGGAGCCGAAGAACCGAAGCUGCAGAAAUGGCUCCAAAACGAGGUGUGAAAGCCCCGGUGGUUGCAGCUAAGAAGAAAACGGACAAGGUGGUCAAUCCGUUGUUCGAAAAGAGGCCGAAGCAGUUUGGGAUUGGAGGGGAUUUGCCACCCAAGAAGGAUCUCACCCGGUUCGUUAAGUUCCCCAAAACCGUUAGGAUUCAGAGGCAGAAGAGGAUCCUCAAGCAGAGGCUUAAGGUCCCACCUGCUUUGAAUCAGUUCACCAAGACACUGGAUAAGAAUCUAGCAUCAAACCUGUUCAAGAUGCUUCUCAAGUACCGGCCUGAGGACAAGGCUGCAAAGAAGGAGCGACUCUUGAAAAAGGCUCAAUCAGAGGCUGAAGGAAAGCCUGCUGAGGCUAAGAAGCCCAUUGUUGUGAAGUAUGGUCUUAACCAUGUCACCUAUCUUAUUGAGCAGAAUAAGGCACAGCUUGUAAUUAUUGCUCAUGAUGUGGAUCCCAUAGAGUUGGUUGUCUGGCUGCCAGCAUUGUGCAGGAAGAUGGAGAUCCCAUACUGCAUUGUCAAGGGAAAAGCACGCUUGGGAGCGAUUGUUCAUAAGAAAUCUGCAUCAGUUUUGUGCUUGACUACUGUCAAGAAUGAAGAUAAGUUGGAAUUCAGCAGGAUCUUGGAAGCUAUCAAGGCCAACUUCAAUGACAAGUAUGAUGAGUAUAGGAAGAAAUGGGGUGGCGGUAUCAUGGGUACCAAAUCCCAGGCAAGAACCAAAGCCAAAGAGAAGUUACUUGCCAAGGAAGCUGCCCAGAGGAUGACCUAAGAGCUAAUAUAGAGUUCAUUUCCUGUUAGUUAGGACAUUAUGUUUGGAGGCCAUCGGCAUCUUUCAUUUUUGGUUAUUUUAAAGUAGUUCAUGAUAAAAGCAUAGUGUUUCUUUUCUUUAAAGGCAGGUUAUAAUCGAAUUUUCUGGUAAUGCUGUUUGACGGUGACUGGUUUUUUCCAUACUCGAAGCUGCCUCCUUUAUUCAUGAAUUGUUAGCGUUAGACUCAAUGCAAUUGGCCCAUCAUUUUAAUCAUUUUAUUACAGCUCAA